AGCGCCAGAAUCAUUAAUAUGAUUACAUUUUCAUCAUAGCACCAAAAUAUGCACAAAGUUUACCUUCAGACAUGAAUUCUCAUACCCGCAUUCAUUCAAGGCCACUAUUCAAAGUCAAUGCCGCAAUUUCACAGCAAACCGGUGUUUAGUGAAUCGAUACGUUACUCUUUUAGCUUAAUACAAUUGAUGUCACACUCAGAUCAGUAAGUGAAAUAGUACUAAAUUAUUAGGAAAUUUAGCUAUUGGACAACACUAUCGAUCCAAACUUAGAAAAUAUUUUGAAGAUGGUUUGAGGCACGCAAUGAACAGAUAUUUGUGUAUCUACCUGUUCAGAGAUAGUUUUUUGAUUUAACUGACGAUAUAUUUUUCUUUGUCUUUCUUGAUGUUGAUUCAUAGAUGAUCCAAGAGACACAAAAUAAGUGUCAUUUGUAUAGAUUUUAUUCACAAAGAACUUCAGUUUAGAGAGCCAUAUCACGAUGGUCUUUUAAAAAGAGUUUUACAAAAAAGUCGUGUUUGUUGAUCGAUUGUAUUAAAUUAAAAGAUUUGAAACUUAGAAACACAGAUCACUGCUUUGUCGUGUGUGCCGAUUUUCAAGCUCCUGUACUAAUUAAUUAUUCAGCCAGGAUAUUUUCAGUUUUCUAUUUCAAAAUGAGUCUUCUACCUGAAAUUGAUACGGCUAUUAGUCACAAUGGAAGAGGAACAAGCAUGGCUUGUCCGAACUCGUUCCGACUCUGAGACAUCCUCAAAGUUGAGCUUCGGUUCACUGUCACGGACAAUGACAUACACAGAGCACCGGCUCUCUGCUGGAGCCGAAGCGGCCGGUGAGCCAGGCAACACUAUCACAAUGGCAUCCAGUCCUCCGGACAACGCGACUGAGGGAAACGAAAGCGGCGAGCUCCUAGACUACAAUGACUCUAGUAUUCUCGAACAAUUCCAUGAAGAUGCCCUAAGACAGACUGGCUGCGGUCUCUCCCAAGUUCGAAUAGUCCUGUCCGUGGGCCUGGCAGUGGCCGGUGCCACAUUGGAGCUGGCAGCCAUACCUUUCAUCUUGCCAUCCGCGGAGAUAGAACUGUGUAUACUGUUACACGAGAAAAAUUGGCUCGUAAUGAUAACGCUGGUGGGUUGGGCCUUCGGUGCUCUGGGGUGGGGCGCCCUGGCUGAGAGACUUGGCCGGCGUCGAACCUUGCUCUCAUGUUUGGCGGUGAAUGCGGUUUUUGCUGCCAUAGCAGCGUUCAUGCCGACCUACGGAACCUUUAUGAUGGCGAGAUUGUGCUCGGCGAUCGGCUCUGGUGGCGUGGUGCCGUGCGGCGCCGCGUACGUGUGGGAGUGGUGCGGGGCGGGGGUGCGGCGCGCGGCGCUGGCGGGGGCGGGGGGUGCAGGCGCGGCCGGACUGUUCGCCGCCGCCGCGCUCGCCGCCGCCCUGCUGCCCCCCACCGGUGCCCUCACCCUCAUCGAGAAUAAAGAGCAUUUCAGCGCCUGGCACAGAUAUCUUCUGUUCUGCACGCUUCCGAUCCUGGCGUCUCUUGUCAGUCUGAUAUGGACCCCGGAAUCUGCCAGAUAUCUCCUGGAAGUCGGACGGGAAGUGGACGCGAUGGUAGUCUACCAGAGUGUGCACAAUGGGAACCGGUGUGGGCGCGGUGGCGCGGGGAGGGACGCGGAGCCGGCGCUGCCGCUGCCUGCCAAGCGGAGGCCGCCCGCCCUGCACCACGUCCGCCACAGUCUCAAGAUGUUCUGGCAGUCGUUCUUCCAGUUGUUCUCGGGCGCGCACCGCCGCACCACCGUCUCGCUCGGGGGCACGCUGCUCUUCGCCAUGGCGAUACAGUUCUACCUGUCGUCGUACGUUCCGUCGACGGUGGGCAGUAUAGAGAGCGAGCGCUUCGAGGCGUCGCGCGUGGUGGUGCGCAACGAGACGCUGGUGGCGCGUCACUACCGCGGCACCGUGCAGAACGUGCACUACGCGAACGUGUCGUUCGUCGACUGCACGUUCCGCGACGUGCUGCUGUCGCACGUGCGCUUCCGGAACUGCUCAUUCACGAACGUGUCGCUGCUGAACAUCAAGAGCUCGCACACGCACUUCGAGGGCUGCCUCUUCGUCAAUAGCAGCAUCAUCGACACGGACCUGGAGCUGGGCGGCGAGCUGGACGCGUGGUGCCGCGUGGUGGGCACGGCGGUGCGCGGGCCGCGGGGCGGGUGCGCGCGCCACGCCUCCCUCACCUCCCGCCUCGCCGCGCCCCUCGCCCGCGCCCGCGCCGCCGCGCCCGCCGUGCUGCUCGCCGCGCUGCUGGCGCUGCUGCCGCGCCGCCUCACCCGCACCGUUACCUUGACCGCGGCCUGCGUAUUGCUGUCUCCGUUGCUCUACAUAGCGACGAGUGAGACGGCGCUAUACACCGUGGAGGCCGUCUACACCGUGCUCAUAACGCUGGUGUUCCUCAACGUGACCGGCGACGUGCUCGAGUCGUACCCGGCCGGAGCCAGAUGCACGGCGCACGGCGUCAUACUAUCAGCGGCGUACUCAAGCGGCGCCGUGCUGUUGGGAGCGGGCGACGCCGGUGCCGCGCUGAGCUGCGUGCUGUGUGCCGCGCUGGCUCUCGCGGCGACCGCCUUCGCUUACAACCGAUAGAGCUAGCUGCUCCAGUCUUGCAACCCAGUUGACUCACGGUCUGAUUCAAAAUCCAACAAAUUGAUAGUUCUUUUUCAGCUUCCCAACUAAAAUGUCACGAACAAAGCCGCCGGUAGAGCGAGAAUGAUGAAGGCAGCUGCGAUCAGCUAUAGUAUCAUAUGACGUCACAGCUAACGAAUCUCUGAAGACGUCGAUCCGGAUAGAAAAUUUCGUAAAGUAAAUCCUUUUAAAAUUAUUUUUUAUUUAUAGGCGUCACGAAUCGAAAUGACACCAUUCUAAUAUCAACUUUUAGUAUUGAUCAGAUCUCAAAAAGUCCGCAGUGAAUUAGGGGAAUAAUGAUAAUGAAAUGCUAAGGACAAUACAUACCAUUUUUUUAUUUAUUAUCAUGGCAACUCUCAUUGAUUUUAUUUAUUUAUUUAUGUGAACUCAGUUUUUGUCGAAGUCAUUAAUGUCAGAUAUAUCG